CAACACCCCACGCUCAUUGAUCUGUUGGUUAUUCAACCACGUCCAUUCGUUCCACGAUGCGUUUCUCACUUCAACCCCUGGCCAUCUGCUUGGUCUCGGCUCAGGCCCGUUUCGCCCUGGCGUCACCCUGCAAACCUUUGACGACUACCGCGCUCGCUGCAACCACCACGACUACUGCUGUCGAGGAGGCUUCCACGACCACUGCGACCACUGACGACUCUACUACUACGGUUGCUGGAGAGACUACCAUUGUCACUCUCAGUGAAGCUACCACCACCACUGCCCUUUCUGAUCUGUCUACCACUCUCACUACUCUCACACUCAGCGAAGGCUCAACAACCACUGCAUUUGGCGAAGAGUCCACUACCACUACUCUUGCUGAAGACACAACCACCACUGCCGUCACUGACGAGCCAACUACGACUACCUUUGAGGCGACUACCACGACCGCUGCUGAGGCUACCACUACAACGGAGGCUCUCGAGGGAACUCAAAUGGCCGCCGUCUUUGCCGAUAACACCGAGAAGGAUACAUAUAUUGAUGAAUCGGGCGGUACCUACAGCACCCCUCAAGAAGGUGGCUCAACCUCCAAGGCCCGCUUCGAACUCGAGCCUGAGACCAACAGACUCUUCACUCAUCUCGUUGAUGGCACCAAAGUCUACCUCUUCACUGUCAUUCCAGAUGGUCCCAACUAUGCCUUCCAGUUUGACACCGCAGCCAACAUUGACAAUGUCGAUGUUUAUCACUACGUUCUGUGCACAGCCGAUGCCGAUAACGUCCUCAGCUGUGCUUCUGAAAGCGGCCCAACUCCUAUUGUUUGGUACUGGGUGGACAGCGCCGAGAGAUACUACGGAAACAGCAACCCAUCUUUUGAUUCAUACCCAAUUGUUCAUUUCAAGCUCGGGUAACUUCCUCGGAGGCACCUUGUCAGUGUGGCAUGGCUCUCAAGAUAGUGUUUGUCGCCAAGUGGAAGUAAGAGAAAUGGAAGGAGGAAGUUGGUGGCAAGGACUUAAUGCGUCCAGACUUAAAUAUUCUAUGUAUAUAGUAACUCUACAAAGAAAUUCAGACAUAAUCAUGUUAUUAU